UAAGUCAAGUUACAGAUUACAAGUAUCCAGAGGUUCCGGACGGAUUUUAUUUUAAUGAACGUCUCCAUUGGCUUACUGUGGGUACCCCUAUGACUGUUGCUGGUUUUGAUAUGUCGGGUGAGAUUUUAAGGGAAAUCAAGCUGCCUGCUUCUUUUGAUAAGUAUAGGUAUUUUGGUGAGUUCACUGAUCAUCAAAUGGCGGUUAUUGGGGGUUCUUUCUCUUUGUUGUUGUGGCCGAGUCAUGACUACGGAGUUGAAGUUUGGAUGAUGAAGAAGUACGGAGUAAGAGACUCGUGGACCAAAUUUACGAUUUCUAAUCCUUGGUCGGGAAUAUUCUAUGUGUCGUAUUUAUCAGCUGAAGACAAAUUUGUGUUGGCAAUAAGGGGAAAGAUAUUUUAUUUUUACAAAGAGAUAGCGGAUGAGUCUGUGGGAAACAAACUGGAUCAUAGUUGUUUCUGGCAUUCCAACUGAUUUUUAUAUUGGGGACCUGUACCUCGAGACCCUCGUCUCUCCUAAUUACGGAGGACAGAUUCGGAGACACAGUGAAGCUUCUUUAGGUGAAAGUUCAAAGCCUUAUCAGGUAUAUUUUCAACAUAGAAACCACUCUGUCCCUUCUAAUAAUUGAUUAGUUGUAUAUACAUGUCAUAUAUUACAUGAGCUUCCAACAAGCUGUCGGUAGCAAUUUCAUUAGUUUGGCUCUGGUAAAUGGAACAUAUUUUGAUCGAGGAUAUUGAAAUAGAGGCUUUGAAAUGUUA